UCGCGGUGAAUGGUUGCUUUCCUCCAUUGAUCUAGUCUUCGGCGUGCGGUCGGUUGUGAACGUCUACGGUGUCCAAGUGCGUACGUACCCGCGACUUGUAACACUCCUCGUGAAGAGAGCGGCACGUUCGUUAUCGUUAUCGGCGUCAAUUUUCACUGGUCCGUCACGUUGCCAGCUUUUAACACACUCUAGCCCUCGUUGCAUGUAUCACGAUCCGGUAAUAUUACCGCGGCGAUGAUUGAUCGUUGCACAGGGAAGAAUCGAAUUCUCGCGUGGAGUAGACUUCGUGGAGUGCAAACGUGUUUUGUACACAGUGCUCGCCACUACGCGUCAUUGACAAGAGGCUCUUCCCACUGUUGAGCAGAUCGUUUCCCUUCUUACGUACGGUUAACUCGUUAAAAAAUAUACAGUCACGGCGUUGCUGUGCUCGCGACCACGAAUCGGAUCUGUUUCAGCCUUGAAUCGGACGCUCGUGAAACGUAUUUCGAAUAUUUUUACUCGUGCACGGAGUUGUAAUACCUGUCCCGCGACUCGACCGGCCAGAAAUGUGCGUUCGCCGUUGAAUAUCCGCGUUACCAUCGUCGAACGAUCUACAGUGAACGAACCGAACUUCGAUUUUGAAGCUUGUCGCGUGGAUCGACAAGUUUGAUGAUUUUUGUUUCGCCGGAGGGGGGAUGUGUGUUGGUUUCCGCGUUCGCCGUGACAUCAAAGGUGCCUUCGUGAAGAGUAGUCGAGGAAGUGGCUACGCGCCGGUAGGCUGGCAGGUGUUUCGCGUCUGGGAGCUCUGGCAUAGAUUAGGUGGAAUGAACUAUUUUCGAACGCACACGUCACCGGGAGCCUGAUAGCGCGACAAUAAUUUUCGACGAGCAGGAUCUUAAAAACCGAUUGCAACACGGCCACCAAAAAUCCGCCUUGGCCGACCCGAUUGAAAGUAGCCCCGCUGCAUUCAAUGCAACCAACUGCCAGGGGGAGCCCCCGGGUUCCCAGUCCUGGCUCGUUGCGUCCUUUCACACCUCCGGAUCUCUCUUCCAUACCUCAUAUGGACGGUACACCCCCGCAAGGCAGCGGUGUUCGUAGCAGUUUCUCAUCCGCCAGUGGCCGUGGCAACGACGGAAAGCAGGAACAGCCCGGGCCUUAUAUAAUUGGUAGUCCCAUCGAUCUGGGGAGUAUCGACAACGUUGACAAUAUCGGCCUACGAAUAGACCCUCUAUCGAGCGGACGGCGAAGGACACGCGAGCACAUCGAGUUGCAGGAGGCUGGGCCGCCCGUGUCGAGUUCCGAAGCAAACACCAAUAUGGAAAUAGUGCGUACUAAGGUGAUACAAUGGUACAACGAACUCAGUUCCCGCAUUCAACUUUAUUUGCACGCUCAAAAUCUUGGUCCAAUAAGAGCGGAAAAUGGCGGGUCUCAAGGUGGCGAUCAACGCUCCUCACGGCAACACGAUAACAAUGAAGAACGGGUGGUUUUUAUUAAUGCCCCUCAUCAACCCGCGAAAUAUAAAAACAAUCGCAUUUCCACUGCGAAAUAUUCAUUUCUUUCGUUCAUACCUAUGUUCCUUUUUGAACAAUUUCGGCGAUAUAGUAAUUGCUUCUUCCUGUUCAUUGCUCUUAUGCAGCAAAUACCAGAUGUGUCACCAACAGGACGAUACACAACUUUAGUUCCAUUAAUUUUUAUUCUUAGUGUAUCUGCAUUGAAAGAGAUAGUUGAAGACAUUAAAAGGCACAGAGCAGACGAUGAAAUAAACAUGAGAGAAGUGGAAGUUUUGAGGAAUGGUCAAUGGCAAUGGAUUCAGUGGAGAAAUGUUGCAGUUGGCGAUGUGGUUAAGGUCCACAACAAUAAUUUCUUCCCUGCUGAUUUGAUCUUAUUAUCGUCAUCAGAACCACAGGGUAUGUCUUUCAUAGAGACUGCCAAUUUGGAUGGGGAGACAAACUUGAAAAUCCGGCAAGCCCAUCCUGAUACUGCCAGUUAUUUGGAUACUGCAGAAUUAAUGAAUCUUCAUGCAAAUGUCCAGUGUGAAGCACCAAACAGGCAUCUAUACGAAUUUAAUGGAGUGUUACGGGAAACUAAUAAACAAAGCGUAGCUUUGGGACCCGAUCAAGUACUGCUUCGCGGUGCAAUGCUACGGAAUACGCGUUGGGUAUUUGGUGUGGUAAUUUAUACAGGACAUGAUACAAAACUUAUGCAGAACAAUACUACAACUGCACCAUUAAAAAGAUCGACCUUAGACAGACUGACCAAUACACAAAUACUCAUGUUAUUCUUUAUACUUCUUUUGCUGUGUGUUCUAUCUGCUGUGUUUAAUGUUUUGUGGACAAAAGCUAACAAGGACGGAUUAUGGUAUUUAGGUUUAAAAGAGGAAAUGACUAAGAACUUUGCUUUUAAUUUAUUAACAUUUAUUAUUUUAUUUAACAAUUUGAUACCAAUUUCAUUGCAAGUCACGUUGGAAGUUGUGAGAUUUGUUCAAGCUACAUUCAUUAAUAUGGACAUUGAAAUGUAUCAUGCAGAAACAGAUACUCCUGCAAUGGCUCGUACCAGUAAUCUUAACGAAGAGCUUGGUAUGGUUAAUUAUGUAUUCACUGAUAAAACUGGAACACUUACGAAAAAUGUAAUGGAAUUUAAACGAUGUUCAAUUGGUGGUAAAAUAUACGAUUUGCCAAAUCCUUUAAAUGACGAUGAGGGUGGUAGUAGUGUUAACAAUGAACUAGUUAAAGACAUACUUGAAGGAAGAGCUGUACAAGAUUCUUCUCGUCCCGGUGAUAAGAAAAUUGCAAACCAUGCAACAGUAGUGCAUGAGUUUAUGAUUCUGCUAUCAGUAUGUCAUACUGUUAUUCCCGAAAAGAUAGAUGAUACUAUAAUUUACCAUGCUGCAUCUCCAGAUGAAAGAGCAUUAGUAGAUGGAGCGCGUAAAUUUAAUUAUGUAUUCGAUACUAGAACGCCAAGUUAUGUGGAAAUAGUAACUUUGGGCGAAAGGCUUCGAUAUGACGUAUUGAAUGUAAUAGAAUUCACGUCGGCUAGAAAAAGAAUGUCGUUGAUCGUAAAAACGCCAGAAGGAAAAAUCAAACUUUUUUGCAAAGGAGCUGAUUCCGUUAUUUACGAAAGGCUAUGCCCGGCUCCUGUGGAAAAUAGCGAUCCGGAUCAGGUUAGCUUAGACGAUUUCCGAGAUGCAACACUGGAACAUUUGGAAUUAUUUGCAACUGAAGGUUUAAGAACACUUUGUUUUGCUGUUGCCGAUAUACCUGACAAUUUUUAUCAAUGGUGGCGUGAAACAUAUCAUACGGCAACAAUCAGUUUGGGGAAUCGUGAGAAAAUGAUCGAUAAUGCAGCAAAUCUUAUUGAAACAAAAUUAAGAUUGUUAGGAGCCACUGCAAUUGAAGAUCAGUUACAGGAUCAGGUACCAGAAACGAUACAAUCACUGUUACAAGCUGAUAUCAAUGUUUGGGUAUUAACUGGGGAUAAGCAGGAGACCGCCAUUAAUAUUGGCUACUCCUGUAGAUUGAUUACACAUGGAAUGCCAUUGUACAUUAUUAAUGAGUCGUCAUUAGAUAAAACGAGAGAGGUUAUAAUACAACGCUGCCUCGAUUUCGGGAUCGAUUUAAAAUGCCAGAAUGAAGUAGCCCUUAUUAUAGAUGGAAAUACAUUAGAUUUUGCAUUAUCCUGUGAUAUUAGAAUGGACUUUCUGGAUUUAUGUUCAUCUUGCAAAGUUGUUAUUUGUUGCAGAGUUUCACCAAUGCAGAAAGCUGAGGUAGUUGAUUUAAUUACAAGUAAUAAAAAAGCCGUGACGCUUGCGAUCGGAGAUGGCGCAAACGAUGUUGCAAUGAUUCAGAAAGCCCAUAUUGGCGUUGGAAUUUCUGGCGUUGAAGGUCUUCAAGCAGCCUGUGCUUCUGACUAUUCUAUCGCACAGUUUCGUUUUCUGAAACGCCUAUUGUUUGUUCAUGGUUCUUGGAACUAUAGUAGAAUGUGUAAACUGAUAUUAUACUCAUUUUACAAAAAUAUUUGUCUGUAUGUAAUUGAAUUGUGGUUUGCUAUGUAUUCCGGCUGGUCCGGGCAAAUCCUUUUUGAAAGAUGGUCUAUCGGUCUCUACAAUGUUGUAUUUACAGCAGCACCUCCAUUAGCUAUGGGACUUUUUGAUAAAGUAUGUUCAGCAGAAACUCAUUUAGCUCAUCCGGGAUUAUAUGCUACUAAGAAUACUGGAGAGUCGUCAUUUAAUAUUAAGGUAUUUUGGGUAUGGAUCAUAAACGCUUUAAUACAUUCAUCUCUGCUUUAUUGGUUAUCACUAAUGGCUCUAAAAGAGGACGUAAUAUGGGGAAACGGUAGAGAGGGUGGUUACAUCGUCUUGGGAAAUUUUGUGUAUACUUAUGUUGUAGUGACAGUGUGCGGAAAGGCAGGUUUAAUAAUAAAUUCUUGGACGUGGGUCACUCAUUUAGCAACAUGGGGAUCUAUUUUGCUUUGGUUCUUAUUUAUUCUUAUAUAUAGUAACUUUUGGCCUACAUUCAAUGUGGGUGCCGUAAUGUUAGGCAAUGAUAGAAUGCUGUUUUCUUCGCCUGUCUUUUGGCUGGGUUUGGUACUUAUACCGUUAGCAGUAUUGCUUUUGGAUGUUACAGUUAAGGCAGUGAAGAAUACAGUGUGGAAGUCUGUAACCGCGGCUGCUAGAGAAAAUGAAAUCCGGAAAUCCGACCCUGGAGACAUAUUUAACAGCCAUGAUUAUAGAAGCUCAUUGACGGAGACGGCACGGCUACUGAAAAACGUAAAAAGUGUUUUCACCAGGCGAUCGAACACCGCCUCCAGAGUUAAUGUCGAGGUGGAGCUAUCACAUGGAUUUGCAUUCUCUCAAGAGGAAGGAGGCUCGGUGACUCAGACGGAUGUGAUCAGAGCUUACGACACAAAUCUUCCGAAACCAGGCGGCAUGUGAUCUUAAUAAUAGCGAAAGAACUAUACAGAUGUAUAUUAUAAACAAGGUACCUCUUCUCAAGCCGAUCAAAAACCAACAGAUUAGAAGCGUUUAGGGAAUACACGGUAUUCGCGUAAGCCCCCUACGUAACGCCUGUCUACGUUUCACGACUGACUCGAUGUUUCGCUCGUUCACCUCUGACCGGGAGCUUACUGUUUUUGAUCGACGAUGGGCCUCAAAACAAAUAGUAUUAUCAAGACUAUCAAAACGACGAUCGAAUCGUUUUUUGAAAUUAUAACACGGUUACGCGCGUGAACAUUACAUUAGAAACUCCGACGAUAUCCUAGAUACUUCUUUUUGAUACUCUACGAGAUUUAUUGUAUUUAUAGCGUACCUCGAACUUGGUCUUGUAAAACCUUAUAUACUCGUUCGUGAUAACUCUUGUUGCUAUCGUGCAUUUUCGAUGCAGUGCAUUUGUAAGCGCAUUUCACUUUCAUUCGAAAUUUUAGGGAAGUCGUCUCUCACCGGGACACGCUUGGAUUUUUCGUUUUUCGUAGCGCAACGGGAACGUACGGUUAUCGAAUAAAUUAAAUGGAUAAAAA